GCAGGGGCCCAAGGAGGCGGCGGCGGCCAGCGCGGCGGAGGGACCGGGUCACAGCGAGGGGACUCCCCGAGGUCCCGUCCCCAGGCUGCAGUGACUGGGCUUUCACUGGAGCGGAAGGUGCUGGAAGGCAGACCGGCCACCAUGUCCACAUUCAGGCAGGAAGAUGUGGAAGACCACUACGAGAUGGGGGAGGAGCUGGGCAGCGGCCAGUUUGCGAUCGUGAGGAAGUGCCGGCAGAAGGGCACGGGCAAGGAGUACGCGGCCAAGUUCAUUAAGAAGCGCCGCCUGUCGUCCAGCCGGCGGGGCGUGAGCCGCGAGGAGAUUGAGCGGGAGGUGAGCAUCCUGCGGGAGAUCCGGCACCCCAACAUCAUCACGCUGCACGACAUCUUCGAGAACAGGACCGACGUCGUGCUCAUCCUCGAGCUGGUCUCAGGCGGCGAGCUCUUUGACUUCCUGGCCGAGAAGGAGUCGCUGACGGAGGACGAGGCCACCCAGUUCCUCAAGCAGAUCCUGGAUGGCGUCCACUACCUGCACUCGAAGCGCAUCGCCCACUUCGACCUCAAGCCGGAGAACAUCAUGCUUCUGGACAAGAACGUGCCAAACCCACGGAUCAAGCUCAUCGACUUUGGCAUCGCCCACAAGAUCGAAGCGGGGAAUGAGUUCAAGAACAUCUUCGGCACCCCGGAGUUCGUGGCUCCCGAGAUCGUCAACUACGAGCCCCUGGGUCUGGAGGCGGACAUGUGGAGCAUCGGCGUCAUCACGUACAUCCUCCUGAGCGGCGCGUCCCCGUUCCUGGGCGAGACCAAGCAGGAGACGCUGACCAACAUCUCGGCCGUGAACUACGACUUCGACGAGGAGUACUUCAGCAACACCAGCGAGCUAGCCAAGGACUUCAUCCGCCGCCUCCUGGUCAAAGACCCCAAGAGGAGAAUGACCAUCGCCCAGAGCCUGGAGCAUUCCUGGAUCAAGGCGAUCCGGCGUCGGAACGUGCGGCGGGAGGACAGCGGCAGGAAGCCGGAGCGGCGGCGCCUGAAGACGGCCCGCCUCAAGGAGUACACCAUCAAGUCGCACUCGAGCAUGCCCCCCAACAACACCUACAUCAACUUCGAGCGCUUCUCCAAGGUGCUGGAGGAGGUGGCGGCGGCCGAGGAGGGCCUGCGGGGGCUGGAGCACAGCCGGCGCCUCUUCCACGAGGACAUCGAGGCGCUGACGGCCAUCUAUGAGGAGAAGGAGGCCUGGUACCGGGAGGAGCACGAGAGCAUCGGCCAGGACCUGCGGCGGCUGCGGCAGGAGCUGCACAAGACCGAGGCGCUGCGGCGGCAGGCCCAGGAGGAGGCCAAGGGCGCGCUGCUGGGGGCCAGCGGGCUCAAGCGGCGCUUCAGCCGCCUCGAGAACCGCUACGAGGCCCUGGCCAAGCAGCUGGCCUCCGAGAUGCGCUUCGUGCAGGACCUGGUGCGGGCCAUCGAGCAGGAGAAGCUGCAGGGCGUGGAGUGCAGCCUCCGCUAGCGGCCCGGCCCCUCUGUCACCCCGGCCCCGCCCUGGGGAGCCCCCCGGCUGGGGCCGAGGAGGGAGGAGUGCGGGGCUGGGGUGCGCUCCGCGGGGACCAGGGAUUCCCGGCCCAGGGGUGGGCGUGGCCCGGCUCUGCCCCGGGAAGAUGGGCUGCCCGGGCCGCCGCCUCUGCACAGCUCGCCCGCCCCGCCCAGCCCCUCUCUCCUGCACCAGCGGCGCCUUGGGAACUCGGAGACCUCUGCCGGGGGUCGGGACCACCAAGACAGAACCAGCCACAGUGGACACAGGCCACACGCCUGGCGGGGCGGCGGGGCGGCAGCCGUCGAGUCCAGGGCCUGGCUCAGCAAGGAGCGCAUGGAGCCCUGGGUGCGGGGGUUGUGAGUGCCCCGGGCACACCCCGGGCUCGGAAUUGGAGGGGCCUCUGCCGCACACCCCGCACCCCGUCUUCCAGAGGCGGGAGGCGGCUCCUCUAGCGUCGGCGGUGGAGGUGCCCCGUGAGCCCGGCUCUCCGAUCCCCCACACCCUUGCUGUGCCGCAGCCUGGGGUUGGGUGCCAGGGCCGGAGCUGAGGAGGUGAUCCAGCUCAAGGACGCGUGGGUCUGCAGGUGGCGCUGGGGGGAGCGUGGCUGGGCCCGGUGCCCGGAUGCAGUAAAGGCGACAGCUGUGAAAUCUGAGGCUCUGCUUUCUCCCUGAGGCCUGGGGAGCCCCCUGGGCGCUGGGGGAGGCAGGCCCGCCGACGGGGGGCCGGGGGAAGGGGAUCAAGAGCCAGCUCUGCCCUGAGGUGCCAGAGCCACCAAUGGGGAUCCCAUCCUUGCCCCGGCCCUUCUCCACUGCCGCCUUGUGAACCGUCAGGUGCAGGCUGGCCCCCUUGAGUGGGCCGCGUAGCAUAGUCGCCUUCAGAAUGCCCUGCAAGGGCCCGUGGGCACAGCGUCCCCUUCCCCAGGGAGCCCCAGGGCCCCCCGAGGCUCCGUGCCACCCCAUUUGACCCCUCUGCUGGUGUUUCCCAGGUGCCCCUGGCUGGGAACCCCCACGAGGUGGGCCCUCAGGGAACCCGUGCCGGACCAGAGCGGGUUGAGGGGCUGCGGUGGCAGUGCCGCUCUGUGCCACUAGGUGCCGCCCUGGAGCAGGGUCUGGGCCCCAGAGACGGGGGCCUGAGGUCCAGGCUUCCGUGAACCGUGCUCCCCGGCCGUGGCCGCUCUGAGCCGAGUUCUCUGCUGCGGGUCAUGUUACCCAAGGGGCACCGGUGCGGCCCCCCUGAGCCCGAGAGGGGUUCCCGGGACAGAAGCCAGCCAGCCGCGUGCAGGGAGGAGCCGGGGAGGCAGGCUGGUGCCCCAGCUGCGGCCGCUGGCCAGGGCUCAGGACGCCUGGUGCGCAGGUUGGUCCCUGGGGCAGGUGGGACCCGUGUGCGCCCUCCAGGAGCUCUGUCGUGUCACGUGUGCCCGCUGUCAGUCCAAGGGAAUAACGCCCCACCGCCCUGAUGUCCAGCUGUGUCCCUGCUCAGGCCUGGCAGGGCCCCCAGCCGUGGUGGCCACCCGGCGCCUCGGCCUCUCCAGGCGCUCGUGUCUUUCUCUGUCCACUGCCUGUGCCCGUGCUCCUCAGGGGGAAGAGGACAAACCUCUGGUGUGACCUCAGAGGCUGCUCCGAUCUUGGGGCUCAGCUGGACUCGGGUUCUUUUCGUUGCAAUGAGAGAGAAGCUUCCGGGCAGCCAGAAUGGGCCCAGAGGGGUCUCCUGUCCCUUCCCGCCUCCCGAGAUGCUGCCUGGCUUCGGGCCCCACCUGGAGGUGACGUCCUGCUGCUGCUGCCGCCUGUACAGCCUCGGGGUCUGCAGUGUGGCCCCACAGAGGGCCCUUCUGCCCUCCCUCCCUUCCCAGGAGCCGCGUUCUGAGCCUUCAGCGGCCCGCUCAUCUUUCUGUUACCUCGUUCCGGACACUGAGGGGCACGUUUCUGUCUUUGUUUUGUUUUUAACCUAAUUUUGAAAAAAUUGAGAUACGACUCAUGA